CUCACUUAACUCACCGGCUCUGCAGUUGCCUGGGGCAUGAUCAGUCUGAAAACAGUAUGCACUGUUUUUGCUACGAGGUCCAGGUUGACCAUGUUUCCUCAAAGUGGUGUGCAACAGACUUUAAGUCUGACUGGGACGGGACACUCAACCCUAAUCAUGAGCAGGAACUUCUUGUCCAAAAAUGAUGAGCUCCGCAGGGGGGACUACCUGAUAUCCAACAAUGGGGAGUAUAAGGCUGUUUUCCAGGAGGAUGGUAACUUUGUCAUCUAUGGCUGGAAGCCUGUGUGGGAGUCUGACACCAAAGGGACAGACGCUCAGCGCCUGUGCAUGCAGGCUGACUGCAACCUGGUCAUGUACAACAAGUGUGAUGAACCCAGGUGGCACACAAACUCUGCCAAAUCUGACUGUAACAUGUGCCGUCUUCACUUGACCGAUGACGGCAAACUGGUGUUGAACAGAGAAUGUGAUGAAAUCUGGAACUCGGCCAAAUCCAAAGGCAUGAAGUAAUUAAAUGUAUGUGAAAGUCAUGUUUGGGAGUCAACUUGAGUUACCAGUAAACAUGCCUGCUGUUCAAUUUUGGAUCAAAUAAAAGCAACAUUUCGUAAAGUGA